UCAGAUGUCCAUGAAUGGGGUAGGGGCAUGACUGGAAGCGUGGAAGUCAAUAGCUUGUAUGUAGCGGAGGACGCAGAUCGCUGCGAAGUUUAGUGAUUGUAAUUUUGUAAAACGUUUGAGAGGGUUUUGAAGUGAAUAUCACAAGGUAAAAAAAAAUCCGAAGCCUCUUGCUUAUAAGGAUUUGCUUGUGAAAACUUGCAUCGGUGCAGGUAACUGCUUCGUAGUAAGCUAAAUUGCCACAGUAUGCCACGGGACAACAUGACUUCGCUUGUACAAAGGAUCGCCAGGCAAGCUCUUGUGACAUUCAAAAAUCCACCAUCAGUCGGGGACAGUAGCAAGUCAUUUUUGGAAAACCAUGGUAAGCUUUACGGCCUCAUGAAUGAAGUCAGAGCGGCGGAUCUGAAGAUCACACCAAGAAAGGCUGAAAGUUCUGCAAUGUCUGCACCACAUACCCCACCGGUGACUUAUAUGCAUAUAUGUGAGACCGACGUAUUCAGCAUGGGGGUGUUUCUGCUGAAGACCGGGGCAUCUAUCCCGCUGCACGACCACCCCGGAAUGAACGGCAUGCUCAAAGUAAUUUACGGCAAGGUCAGAAUUACUUGUUUCGAUAAAUCGGACAGUCCCGUUGAUGCUGCAUGCAGCACACAGCCUAGUCCACCGCUGUUACCCUUUCAGAAGGACUCCUUGAAGAGAGCAGUGUUUCGGUCAGUUGGAGAAUACACUGAAGAAAGUGCAGCAUGCGUCCUGGCUCCCCAUAAAGACAACCUUCACCAGGUCGAUGCUGUGGACGGACCAACUGCUUUUCUCGAUAUUCUGGCACCCCCGUAUGAUCCAGAUAAUGGAAGGGACUGCCACUAUUACAAAGUUGUCCAGCCCAUGUCUGACACUGCUGUCAAAAAACCAGAGUCCCAGGAACCCAAAGAACUGUGGCUGCUUGAGAUUCCACAGCCUACAGAUUUCUGGUGUGGUGGUGAAUCUUACCCCGGCCCGGAGGUUUCGCUUUGAAGUAAAAUCAUGGAAGUGAAUCGUUAAUCAGUAUGUCUACUGGAACUACAGAGGGACACUCAGGAUAAUCCAUUGCUAAUAAAUAAAAUGUUUUACAUAUUUAUUUCUGUGCUCCUGUUUUAACUCAGUUUCAACUUUAUCUGCCUGCAUUUUUUUUUCAUAAUUUUACUAUCUGAUGAUGCACUUAGGCAUGCCUUGUUAACUUGUGGAAUCUGAUCUUAUGGAUUUUCUCUAAAAAGGCUUGAAAUUAUAACCCUGCUGUACUAAUUUAUUUGUAAAAAAUUAAUGUACAUCAAGUAAUAUAUUUUCUUGCUAUUCUGAGAACUGAGUGAAAAUGUUGCAGCUUUUGGAAUGAAAUAAUUUGGAUUUCUUAAAAUCAAAACAAGUUAAUUGUUUUGCAGAUGUUUGUGUUAAUCAAAAUUGUGAUGUAUUGGGUGGCACCCACAAUUUUUGUCAGUCUUUCUCAUUUAGUUAAUUAUUUAUUAAAAUGACUUUUAAGGUUUUUAUGCAACCUGUUUGAUUUGUGCUGAAACAUUUUGUAAGGCAUUUUGGUUUGUGCCGAACAGUCUAUCGCAAUGUGUCCUUUUGGAUUGUUUAUCCGAUUGGGAAAAAUGGUUGUGAUUUUUCGCACAAUGGAAUUUUAAGGUCAUUUUUUCCUCUACAGUAUUUACAUGAAACGAAGUUUGCUGUAAUUCUUGUGUUAAGAGAACACUUGUCACUUGUAAAUCUUUUUUACUCUGGGAAGGUGUGCCUUAAGUAAAAAAUAAAAUUAGAGCAAUGACAUAAACUGCACAACAUGUUCUAGUUGAAACUUUCAAAGGAUGUGAAGGCUUUAGUCAAUGUCUUUGGUCAGAAUUCCCAAAUCGAGCCUUAUUUUAUUUUUUUCAAAAUUGAGGCAAAUUGUCUUGGCUUUAAUUUUGUAGGUGUGUGUACGCAAUAGGAUUUCACAUCAUUUAUUGGGUAUUUUUCAGAUUAUCCAAGUAUUUACUUCAAUAAACUUGAGGUGAUGUAAAAUCUAGUAUAACUAGCAUGUUGCAUUUGAAGUGCAGUGUGCAUAUGUGUGUAUAUAUGUGUAAUGUAAAUUGUUUAUAUAUUUAGCCAUGAUCGUGCAAUUUAGUGUUGACUGUCAGAAGUGAUAACAAUUGUUUGUUUUAUGUCUUGCAAUAAUUUUAUUUCGGUCAUGGGCACAUUUCAGAGAUGUGAUUAAAAAUAAGCAUACAAGUAUAGGGGCUGUGAUUAUGUUGUGUCAAGGAAGCACAAUGUGAAUAUGCUUUUGUAAUUAGGUUUAUACAUGCAUGAGCAUCAGUUUCUUUGUUUUAUAAUUAAUGUAUUUGUCAUCCUAGGUAAUCUUUUUCUUUCUUACAAUUUCUCCUUAUUUGUAUAAAAUGUCCUUGAUUGUAUUGCUAUUAUUGCAAGAAUUGUCAUUUGAAGUGGUAUAAAUGCCAUUUUUUUUGCCUUGCUGAGUUUUUUCAGUAAAGAGUUUCAAAUCA